AUGAACAGCGACAAGUAUCCGCUGGCGAGGCACGACGACGACAAAGUUGUUGUUAGAAUCCCCGAUUUAUUUGUCGGUUUUCUGGCAGAAGAACCGAAGGUCAAUCCGUUAUAUGGUCCUAUCAAAUUGGAGUCGGAAGCAUGGAUUAAUGGGUUCUGCAAUUUUGAUCAGAAGAUGGCGUCGACCAUAAACAAGUGUGAUUUCUCAUACUUCAUGGCUGUCACAGCGCCCGAUGCAGAUGCAACAACAUUUCGGACCUUGUGCGACUGGGGAAAUUGGGUGUUUCCAUAUGACGACAUGUUCGAUAAUGGCGUUCUUCGUAACGAUCCAAAGACUGCGAGAAAAGUAAUGGAUGAUCUCAUGACACCAAUGCUACAAGGAACACUUCCCCAGCGGUCUGAACAAGAGAGAACCACAAUCUUGAAAGUGCACGAUCAUGUAUGGCACAACUUACAGUCGGCCUCAUCGAUCGGUACACAGCGACGAUUUGCGGAAGCCAUGUCUGAUUACUGCGCAGGGGCACUGUUGCAAGUUGAGGACUCGUGCAAUGACAAGGUGUUGACUCCAGAAGACAUGCUGGCAAGGAGACAGCUCUCCGCAGGAGUCAGCCCGAUAUAUCCGCUUGUUGAAUAUGCGUGUCAACUCUAUCUACCGGAUCACAUUUUUGAAGACUGCAUUAUCAAAGAACUAGAACAACUUGUCACGGAUUUCGUAUUGAUAAUCAAUGACAUGCUAUCAUACAUGAAGGAAGAAGCUGAGCUCGUACCUCACAAUCUUGUUGCAGUGGCAAGGAUGAAUGGUCUUGGACCACAAGAGGCUUUUGACCAUAUUGGGCAAAUGCUCAACAGCAGACAUAGCCGUUGGCAGCAGGCUUUGGAACGUGUGCCACGCUGGGGUCAUGAUAUUGAUUGUCAGGUCUCGGAAUACAUUCAAGGCAUCUCAAACGUGGCAAAGGCAAAUCUAUACUGGAGUUUCAAGUCUCAGAGAUAUCUGGGUAGCAAAGGUCCAGAAAUACGUCAAACUCGCUUGGUAGAAGUCUUGCGUGAGCCGGGAUUUCUGGAUAAUGUCUCUGGCACAAACAUAUCACGAAGGGAUACGCCAAGAAAUCUGUCGCAUUCACAGCAGUCACGCACGAUGGGCAAAGCAUUACUUAAUGGCGCUUUUAUGCUUUCGCUCGUUAUGCUCUUCAUUCGAGUAGCAACGACAUUUUGGUUAGAAAGGUGA